AUGACCGCAACACAGAUCAUCACGGUCAAGCACACUGGCUCCGAGCCAGUACCAGGCGAACGCCGUGUGUCAACAAUUCGUCUUGAGGCGAUCGAUUCGCAGUCUCGCGGAAGCGAGAACAAUGGUGGCCAUUCCAGUGAACACCAUGAGCAACCAGUCAACAACAUCUCCCAGUUGCGCAGCACCGUCAUCGUGUUUCAAAUGUGCGGCAACACGAUGCUUUCCAGCAUCAUCAAUGGCCUUGUCACCGUGGGACUUCCGACGAUCACCAAAGACCUCAACUUACCACCUUCGCUACCAUUCUGGCCUGUCUCGGUGUCGGGCCUGUCAACCGCUUCCACUCUGUUACUUGCAGGAUCACUUGCUGAUGUAGUUGGCCCUCGCUGGGUCGACUUGGUGGGCACUUUUGCCAGUGGUGCUUUGAUGCUCGGAAUGGGCUUCGUACAGGAAGGCACGCAACUUGUGGCCAUGCGCGCUAUUCAGGGGGUUGGACUUGCGCUUCACCUCGUGUCUGCGGUUGGCAUUGCUACGCAAGUCUUUCCGCAAGGUAAAGGCCGGAACAUGGCAUUUGCGUGCUUGGGGAUGUCUCAACCCCUGGGCUUCUGUCUUGGUCUUGUUCUUGGUGGAGUCUUUGUGGACACGAUUGGCUGGCGAUUUGGCUGGUAUAUUUCUGGUAGUGUGGCCUUGCUUCUGUCUGUGAUCGGAUUAUGGGCACUUCCGGCAAGUCAGCAUCCCAAAAGAUGGGAGACAAUCUUGCAUGAUCUGAAAUUCAAGAUCGACUGGGUGGGAGCGCUGCUUGCCUCUGCUUUCAUGGCGCUUCUGUGUUACUUGCUCGCAAUCCUCAGUUCGGACAUCUAUCGCAUCAAGGAGACUGCAAGCAUCGUCAUACUCUGUCUGGCCGCAGUCGCUCUACCGGCAUUCGUGAUAUGGAUCCAUUAUCAAGUCCAGCGUGGAAGACCAGCCCUCAUUCCCAACUCUUUCUGGAAGAAUGCGACUUUCUCAAGCAUCUGCGCCACCAUUGCACUGUCGUUCGCGGUGAUCAACUCCAUGGAACUCUUUGCUAGUUUAUUCUUCCAAGAAAUCCAGCAGCUGUCUGCUCUGCAAGCAUCAAUUCGGAUUCUCCCCAGUCUCGUUGUUGGCGUCCUUGUUCAGGUCACUGCAGGAUUUUUCGUUCAUCGAGUACCUGCGAUCUGGAUUGUAGUGCUUACGGCUGUGCUCUGCUCGCUUUCCCCGAUGCUUAUGGCCACUGCUCAGCCAUCGUGGCCGUACUGGACAAACACCUUCGUGGCACAGCUUCUCCAGCCCGUCAAUUGCAACGCGCUUUUCACCGUCGGUCUCAUCAUCAUCACAGACAUCUUUCCGGAGGAUACCAAAGCCCUUGCUGGAGCUGUGUUCAACACCGCAGCGCAAUUCGGCACUGCGCUUGGCUUUGCGAUCUUGCAAGUCAUCUCAACUGUCAUUACCGACAAGAACCUGCAAGGGAGUGAGAUCACGCAAGAGAGUGAGAUCAAAGCUCGAUUGGCAGGAUAUCGCGCGAGCUUUUGGACCAUGUUCGCCUUCAUGAUUCUUUGCACGGCCAUUUCUGGUCUUGGGCUUCGUCGCGCUGGACGCAUCGGUCUGAAGCGGGACUAG